AUUAUGCAGAAAACAUAGAGGGUCGCUGGUUCAGGGGCACUGGGGCUGUAGUUCAGAGAUUCAAAUCUAGUGAACAGAAUCAAAAUAGUCAAAAAUAUGCUUCUGAAGUUGCUUGUGAUAUGUUUUGCGGAUUCCAGUGGAUGAGAUUCCAGCUUGUGAAACUGAAGUUGCUAUGGCUAAUGGACACAUUCCAGAAAAAGGACCAAUUGUUCUCUGAUUUCAAGCCCCAGCGAUGCAUUAGGAGCAUGCGGCGGCAGCAGGGCAUGCGACUUGAUGACAGAUACGUUCCGUACUUGCAGAUGGCAGGUCUAUACCAUCUUGCAAGGCUGAACGACCGAUGGUUCCGACUAGACGAGGCCCUUGUCAGUGCAUUCGUGGAGCGAUGGCGUCCCAAGACGCACACGUUCCAUAUGCCGUUCGGAGAGUGCACGAUCACACUCCAAGACGUGGCAUACCAGCUGGGUUUGCCAGUGGACGGCCGUUAUGUGAGCGGGUGUUUGUCAGAGUUUCAUAUAUACAUCGAGGGUGGCCGUCCAGCCUGGGUCUGGUUCCAGGAGUUGCUCGGAGUUAUACCUCCUCCUAGUCAGGUUCAGAAGUACGCAGUGAACUGCAGCUGGUUUCAGGAGACUUUCGGUGAGUGCCCUGAGGAUGCAGAUGAUGACACUGUGCGCCGAUAUGCCCGUGCGUACAUCAUGAUGUUGUUGGGCACGCAGCUGUUUGCGAACAAGUCAGGGAAUCGGAUUCACAUCAGAUGGCUUCCGUACGUAGCGAGGCUGGAGGAGCUGGGUACCUACAGCUGGGGUUCUGCCGCAUUGGCUUGGUUGUACCGGUGCAUGUGCCGAGUGGCGAACAGACAUGUCGUCAAGUUAGCGGGCCCGCUUCAGCUACUUCAGUCUUGGAUCUUUUGGCGCUUUCCUCGGUUUAGGCCUGCAGGAUAUGAGGAGUUGAGCUGGCCGUUGGCCUCGAGGUACUAUACUAGGUGUUAUCUAUUUCAAUAG